AUGAGCGAGAGCCCUGACCAUGCGCGCUAUGAGGCCCCCCCUGGGGGGGGCUCUUCCGCCUCGGGAAGGUCCACCUCUUCGCGCGGCUCAUCAAGCAGCAGCAGCAGCAGCAGCAGUAAAAGUGCCAGCGCCGGCAGCAGUGCCGACACCGAGUCGAUCAUCAUCCUGCGGAACCUGUACCGGCGCCCGGCCAAGUUCCCCAACAUCAAGGCAAUUGAGGCGGGCUUCAUGUCGCACAUGUCGCCCGAGGCGCACCUGGAUCACUUUUACAAGGACGUUUCGGUGCACCUGUUCAAGCUCUUCGGCAAGAUCGAUUUCCUGUAUGUGGCGUCCAACGACAACCCGGAGCUCUUUGGCAAUGUGUACAUCUGCUUCCGGUCACAGACGCAGACGCGAAAGGCGUACUCGGCUCUGAAGCGGGAAUUCUAUGCUG